AUGUCGUUAAACAGAAUACAAAAACUUUUAUUCUCCGAAUAUUCCGAUUUUGAAGAUAUGAUAUUAGUUGAAAGUCCUUUUGCGGAAACAACACGAGAAGGUCGGGGAAUCAGACAGGUACAAAUAGGUUUGACCCCGACGAAAUUAGUUUUGGCGACGGAUAUAAUUAAACAUGCGUGCGAUUAUCCCGUUGCUUUUUUCCCCGGAUGCAUUGAUGCGGAAAUAGAAAGUUUAGAAUUGAUAUCGAUAUUUCCGAUCGAAUUGGUCACCCUGAGCGUUUUCAGGAGACGAAGACGGAAAGUUUUAAAAGCUAAAUUCCACGACGGAAAUCCAAAUCACAACAGCAAAAUCGUUUAUUUCGAAUUGGGAGGCUCGGACAAGAGAAAGAUGUUUUGGAACCUUUGGUGCGAACGUGUGAGAUUUCUAAGUCCGGAAGAUAAAGCAGGAUCGUCCAUGACGGAAACAUCCGUUGCAAGUUCAACGAGUGCAAGUUCGUUACACGUGGCAAAAACGAGAGUGUCGAAAGAUAAAAUAUGGCAAUACUACGCUGGAAAACAUCACAACAUAAUAUCGAAUUGUUCAUUAAAAAAAAAUCUUCGAUGGACGGAUAAAGAUUUAUUUUUCGGUGAUAAACUCGAAUUGAUAAGUUACAAAAUAGAACCGAUAUCUUAUGCCACGUUAUUACAAAACGAUUCGGAUGAAAUUCGCACCCUGUAUCGACGACAAAGAUUUCAAAUGAGUAGAUCCUCACUCAGUAGCAUACCCUCGAAGGAAGUGUCCAUAUGUAAUAGUAAAAAAGCAGAACACAUAAAUCGUUUCGGGGAAGGUAUAGACGAGGGUUGCAAAACCGGUUUAUACCUUCCCGCGAUAAGCUACAGCAAAUGUUCAUUUUCCAUACAGUCUAUAGAUUCUAGAACGUUAGUGCCGACGAAAUUGAAACAUUCACCUGCCACGUUUACUAAAAUAUGCGACGAAGCUGUGGAAACGUGGGAAACGUCACUUUUGGAAACGAAAGAAAAUCGUCAUCCGCGACAUUAUGGACUCACGACAAUGUCUGAUCUGUCCUACGGUUUGGGUAUAUACGCGACGGGAAAAGGAGAUUCCUUUUCGAUUCAGAUGAAAAAAUCCGUUUCGUUGGUACACGUGAUUGACGAAACGACAGAAAUGGAAAAUGAAUUUGAAAAACCAUCGAAAAAAUUACAUUUGUGCAACAGCACGUCAUACGAAUCCUUUCGACCAUGGAGUGCACAACACGUCAUAGAACAACAACCCAUGCAAUUUUGGACAACGGAUUUAUGGUUUAAACCUUACACUAUAAAAACAAUAUACAGAGCGAAUCAAUGUUAUUUGAAAAAAUUAAACGUUUUCCUCAUGAGAAGAAACGGAAGUUCUGCAACCACGACAAACGGAAGUUCAAACAGCAUAAUAUUACCGAAAAAAAUGAGACUCAUGAAUUUUGGUAAAAAAUUAAUUAGAACGUCGAAAAUAUUUCAUUUGAAAUACGAUAAAUCCGAAUCGGAUUUUAAAAAAAAUUUAAAACUCGAAAACGAUAUAUCGAUUUGGGAUAUCGAUAGCACGACUCUGGCUUUUCAAUUGACAAUGUUAGAUGCACAAUUGUUUUUAAAGAUACCACCGGACGAAUUAAGAUUAUUAACAAUUCAUAAAAAUGGUAAAUCAUCCCUUAAUUUGAUGACUUGGAUAAUUUUUUCAUGCAGGGUAUCAUGUUUGAUAGCAUCUGAAAUUUUAUUAACGGAUGAUUUAAAGUUUCGUGCGAGACUCAUAUCGAGAUUUAUAAACGCGGCUGAAAAAUGUCAUAUGCUACAUAAUUAUCAAUCCUGUAGGAGUAUAUUAUCCGGUUUGCAAAGUCCUGGAAUAUACAGGCUAAAAUAUACUUGGGGACAAGUCCGACACAAUCACGCAACAAAAUAUCAUCGAUUGUACCGUGAUCCAAGAUUGGGGUCUUAUCAGAAAGCUUUUAAUAAAUCAUCAUUGGAACAACCUUAUCUUCCUUGUGCCACCCACAUACUCUCAACAUUUCUCGGUUAUACCGUGAAAGAAGAUUUAACAACUUCUUCGUCUACUUCUUUUUCACAAGAUUUGUUUUAUUUUCCCGUCAAUCACAUAAACGGUGCUAAAAAUUUAACGAUGAGUAGUAGCGUGAAUGCUGCCGCAGCCGCCGUCAAUGCUGCCAACAAUUAUCAAACGGAAAAAAAAACAUCAGUACCAAAAUUACUAAAACAAAUUUUUUCCGCAUUGAAAAUAUAUCCGUCGGAAAAAUCCGUUAGAGAGAAAACAAACGAAGAACAAUCGUCUGAAUUUGAUAAAUCAUCAUCGUCGACAACGACGGAUUCGCCAACCGGAUUGUUAAAUAAUUUAGAUUGUUUAUCGCCGGAAGAAAUGCUUAACGCGACGAAAGCAGCGAGAAAAUACGAUUUGAGCGAAAAUCAAUUGGCUAAAAAUUAUCUAUUGAAAAUGCCCUAUAAAGAAAAUAAGGAUUGUUAUUUUGCAUCGUUUAGAAUCGAACCUGAUUAA